AUGGGAAAGAAUUUUCUCAUUACCGGCGCUGCCAGAGGCAUUGGCCGAGGAUUGUCGCGUCUUCUGCUUCAAAAAGGUCACAAUGUUUUCCUCGUUGACAACAACAAGACUGAAUUAGAUCACACAAUAAAACACCUCGCGGCAACCACCCCCAACAGCAAUUACUCCACGGCAAUCUGUGAUCUGUGCGAACCGGCAGAAAUCAAAGUUGCCAUUGAAAAGGCCGGCAAAUUCUUCAACGGCCGGUUGGACGUCCUAGUCAACAAUGCAGCAUACACCGGCGCAGUUAGGGGCACCCCAUUUGCUGAGCUCAGUCUCGACACUUGGAGCAAAAGCAUCCAGACCAACUUGACCGGUGCAAUGUUGAUGAGCCAGGGCUGUCUGCCUUUGUUGAGAAAGGAUGCUGGUCGCGAGAAGGGUGGCUCGAUUAUCCACAUGUCAUCGACGCGUGCGCACCAAUCCGAGCCAAAUUCUGAGGGCUAUGCAGCGACAAAAGCUGGACUUAUUGGACUCACGCACGCGAUGGCUUCCAGCUUGGCCGGCGAUGGCAUCGCUGUUAAUGUCAUUCUUCCGGGAUGGAUCAAUGUCGCUAACGAAUGCAAAGAGGGCGGUGAAUGGGAGGAUGGCUUGUCGGAAGCAGAUCACCGAUGGCACUUUUCAGGACGCGUGGGUAAAGUUGAGGAUAUAUUGCGUGCGGUUGAGUACCUGACCGAUGCUGAAUUUGUCACUGGUACAGAAAUGGUGGUGGAUGGAGGUGUUACCAGGAAGAUGGUGUACCCUGAGGAAGAAUAG